CUAACCUCCCCGACCGCCGCUACCUCUGCCUCCAAAACCCUAACCCUACGCCGUAUAAGCUCUGUCACCUCUGCCUUCUAGUUUCUUAAUUCUUCUCUCACCUCUAUUAUAUACCGCAAACGAAUUCGACAAGCAUCGUCUGUGCAUCGGAGUCCGAAAAAGCGUUACAGAGCCGACACAAAGAAGUCUUCUAUUCAAGCUUGACCAAUGAAACGAUGCAAAAGAGAUGGUGAGAGUAUUAGAAACCAAGAUGUUGUGAAUGAGGACAGGAUCAGUGAGUUGGCUGAAGCUUUGAUUUUGCAGAUAUUGUCUCUGCUUCCCACAAAAGUUGCCAUAGCCACGAGUGUUUUGUCUAAGCAAUGGCAGUCUCAUUGGAGAAUGCUGCCUAUACUCAGGUUUGAUUCUUACGGUUAUUACUAUCACAGCCAUGAACCCGGGACGUUUUCAAAGAAUGUUCGUAAGGCUUUGCUUUCACACAAGGCUCCGGUUUUACAGAGUUUGCAUCUCUCAAUUUCUUUAAAUAGAUUGAAUGCAAAACAAGUUAGAAAAUUUACCGGGAUUGCAUUUGCCCGCAAUUUGCGUAAGCUGGUACUGGAUGUUCAAAUUCAACUUGAACCGUUAAGAUUUCCCAAGUGCUUGUAUAACUGUGAAACACUAGACACCUUGGAACUCAAGUAUUUGAUAUUUAUGGAUGUCCCUUCUUCAUUUUGUCUGAAAUCCCUGAGAACUCUGCAGCUUCAUGAUGUGGAAUUCAAAGACAAUGAAUCAGUUGUUAACCUUUUCUCUGGCUGUCCUAAUCUUGAAAACUUGGUGGUGUAUCGAAAUUCAUUAAACAGAGUGAAGACUUUCACUAUUGCGGUGCCAUCCUUACAGAGACUAUCAAUUCAUAAUUACACUGAUAGACCUAGUGGGGACUAUGUGAUAAAUGCCCCUUCUUUGAAAUACUUGAAGAUGAAAGGGUUUAAAGCACUUGAGUCUUGUCUGAUCGAGAACACACCAGAGUUGGUUGAAGCAACCAUUUUCAUCUACGAUGCGAACAUCUUGGGAUCGCUCAGUUCACUCAAACAUCUUUCCUUGCAGCUAUCAGCCUUGGAAAGUACAUUUCCUACUGUUGGUAUAUUUUAUCAGUUGGUGUAUUUGGAGUUGCGUACAUAUAAAGUUAAUUGGUGGAAUCUACUAACGCUCAUGCUCAAUACUUCUCCUAAUUUACAAGUCCUCAAGCUUGUCGGUUCACAACAACAACGUCCUCUGGGAAACUGGAAUCAGCCAAAGAAUGUUCCUGAAUGUUUGUUACUCCAUCUCGAGACAUUAGUGUAUGAAGAAUACGACGAAUCGCAAGAGAAUGGAAAAGAGGUGACGAAAUAUAUCCUAAAGAACGCAAUUUUUUCCUUCAAGAAAGGCAAAGCCAAACAGAAAGUUGAGAUGGCUGAGGAGUUGGAGAGUGUGAAAAAGGCUUCAAAUUCAUGUCAGCUUGUAUUCCGAUGAAACUUUAUAUAUUGAGAGAGUUGUAUGUUGUCAAAGUUAACUCUUACUAUGAAACUUUUAUAUUUAGUGGUAGUUAUAAACUUUGAGGGUUUUUGAA